CGAGGGAGGCCAGGGCUCACGGGCCUACUGGGCCGCUGCUCACGGGAAGCGCUUUGCAGCCUUUUCCGCCGCCGGUGGCGGCGGCGGCGGGAAGAUGGAAGACCCAGGGUCGGAGAUAAUGGAAUGUGUCCCUCCAGCUGGGCCUGAGGCGUCCGAGUCAACACCGGAGGAAAAUGAAGAUGGCAUUCAGUUUGCUAGUGAGGGACCAUCAAGACCUGUUCUUGAAUACAUUGAUCUGGUCUGUGGUGAUGAUAAAGAGCGUAGCACCUAUCAUAGUGAUAUUUUGUCCCCUAAAAUGCCAAAACGACAGGGUGAUUUAUUGCAUUUUUUAAAUGCGAAGAAAGUGAAAACAGACACAGAAAGUAGCAAUAGGAACAAAAACUAUUGUGGAUUGUCUAAGUCUAAGGAAUCAAAUUUCAAAUAUGUUGAACAACCAAUCAUUGAAGAAAAGCCAUCAUGUUCAUCAAAGGAAGAAAUGGAUAAUCUUGUGCUUCCAGAUUGUUGGAAUGAAAAACAAGCACUUAUGUUUACAGAACAGUACAAAUGGCUCGAAAUAAAAGAAGUUUAGACAUGAAUAUGAACGAACUUUAAAUUUUAAAAUGAAGGCAUACUGAAAAAGAAACAAGUAGAACUGCAGAAGCUAGUCCUACAACUGGGACAGUAAACAAAGACUGGAAGAAGGAAUGAAGGAGAAAUCAAAACAUUCUCAGAUGAAGGAAAACUAAGGAAAUUUGUCAUCAACAGACUAAUGCUAAAAUGAAUGUUUAAGGGAACUUCUGUAAACAAACCAUUAAAGGAGGAAUCUUGGAACAUCAGGAAGGAAGAAAAUAUAGUUUUAUAGGUACCUGAAACAAAAGCACCUUCAGUUGUAAGUCUUAACGUUGGAUCUUGUUGGAGACUCUGCAGCCUCCCUGGCAGUGAGCACAAGGACAGGUGCAGUGACAGGCUGGGAGACACCCAUGACAUUGCUGGGCUGUCCCGAUCGGAGCACAAGCUCGUGAAGAAGCUGCAAGUAGAUUCCACCCUCAGUACAAGUGACGCAUCAAACCAGAGACUUUCUAGCAGGCCCAUGAGCAUGCAAUGUCGUUUCUUGGAAAUAUGCAUCUCCCCAUCCCAAAAUAAAAUAGAUAACCACUCCCGGACUUCCCUUGUGGCUCAGUGGUUAAGAAUCCGCCUGCCAAUGCAGGAGAUACAGGUUCGAGUCCUGGUCUGGA